AUGGACGAGGGCAGCCAGGAGAGGAGGCAGCAGCUACUGGGUUCGGGCACAGAGUUUGGGGAAGGGCUCUUCUACGCCCCGAAUGUUAGGGAAGUGGAUGGUGAUACACAGGGAGAGGCCUAUGAAUCUGAAUUUAAGAGCUCUGAAAUGGUGUUUGAAUGUGGAAAGGGUUCAAAGAAAAGUUUUGUUCCACCUACACAGAAAUUGCAUAUGAUAUCUCAAGGUCCUAAUUCACCCCAGGAGCAUAUGACACUAGAAAUGAGACCCUCAGACGCAAUAGCUGAGCCAGUCAGGCUCAAGACCAAGUUAGAGAAGGAGGAGAAGGCAACCACAGAGAAUGAGUCAAACAGUGGAUGGGAGAUAAAAGGCAAGGCUCAAGACAAGCCUAUGGAGAAGAAAGAAAAGGAAAAAACAAGUCUUACUAAUGCAGAAUUUGAGGAGAUUGUCCAGAUUGUACUACAGAAGUCCCUCCAGGACUGCUUGGGUCAGUGUCUAGUCUGGGUCCAAUGUUCCUUACCAAACUGUAAAAAAUGGAGGCGGCUGAGUGGGGACAUUGACCCCUCAAUUCUCCCUGAUGACUGGAUCUGUGACCAGAAUCCAGACUUGGCUCAUAAUCGCUGUGAUAUUCCUGAGGAGAACUGGACAGAGUAUGAGACUGAAGUGGCCUAUGCUUCCUAUAUCCCGGGAUCCAUGAUCUGGGCCAAGCAAUAUGGCUACCCCUGGUGGCCAGGCAUGGUAGAAUCUGAUCCUGACCUAGGAGAGUAUUUUCUUUUUGCUUCUCAUCUUGAUUUCUUACCUUCUAAGUACCACGUGACAUUUUUUGGAGACACAGUUUCUCGUGCUUGGAUCCCAAUCAAUAUGCUAAAGAACUUCCAGGAACUGCCCCUGGAGCUAAUAGGAAUGAAAAAGUACAAGAACAAGGAUUACAGCCAGAAACUGGGGGCAGCCAUAAUGAUGGCUCACAAGGCAGAACAAGUCAAUGUUCAGACUCGGGUUAACUUGUUUGGUUUCUGGAACCGAUACGGUAGAUCUGACAAUAGUGGAGGAAAAAAAGAAGUAAUGCCAUCUAAGGCUAACAAUCCAGAGUCUGGCUUGAAGAAAAAGAAGAGAGAGAAAAAAAAUCCAACUUUGCCUGGUCCCAAGUCAGGCAACAAGCAGACCAAAAAAGCCAAGCCUACAGGUAUGGCAGAUGAACAAGACAGGCCCCUGAAAAAGAGAAUGAAGAGGAGAUCUCUGGGCAGUGAAUCUGUAGAUGCCUCUGCACCCAUCUUUGAGAAGGAAGAAGAGCCAAAGAAUACAGAUGAGCCAGGCUGUAAGACAAAUUUUCAAGCUCCCCAAAGCAAGGCUUCAGCACCCAGAUUGUCUAAGGAAAAAGAAGUCAGAAUGGUGCCCCAGGGCCAGGCCCCACCAGCUUGUCACAGGCCUGGUUUCUUGUUGGGGAAAGCUUGGCCUUCACACCCGGAGCUUCUAGCUGAGGAGGUUAUUCAUGUCCCGGCUGAGGAAGGAGAGUCCAGUGACCUGGACUUUGAGCAACUCAUGGAAGACAUUGGGAGAGAGGCAGAGGAGCGAGGGGAGCUGCAACACGGAGAUAGCGCAGAGGACUUCCCCAUGGCCCUCUUUGAAUAGUGCUGUGCUCCUACCCUGCUCCUGUUCUCUGGAGCUGCUGGGAGAGCCUUGGAGCCAUGUCCUUGAUCAGCUAUUGAAUGUUGGGAGUUGUUGGUUUGACACAAAGUUCUUGUGCAGUUACUGUGUUAAUAAAGCAGAUUUGGUUA